CAAAACUGUUCGCAUAAGACGUAACACUCAUUGUUGACAAUCAUUAUAUCUGUCAUUGAAAUUGAGAUCUAAUUGUUUUGGACACCGAUUAUCACCGCAUCUGAUCCGUAGCGCUGACUAAAAUGGCCGAUAGAUUGACUCAACUUCAAGACGCUGUCAAUCAGCAAUCGGAAAACUUCUGCAACAGUAUUGGCGUUUUGCAACAGUUUGCGAAACCAACGUUUUUCCCAGAGUUUGACAAAUCUUCGUCCAAAUCACCGACAGCUCAGCCACAAAAUACUGAAGAUUUUGCCCAAUUGUUCGCCACAUUAAUUGCCAGAACUGCCAAAGACAUCGAUGUACUCAUCGAUUCUCUUCCCAGCGAAGAAUUGACGCCUGAAUUACAGGCCGCCGCUUUAAGACGUUUAGAACAGGAGAACAAUGAUUCGGCGCAAAGAUUGACGGAAACAGUGAAAAGAGGUGAAGAACUAUUGGAACAAAUUCAGAAUGCAUUACAAGAUAUCGCAGAAUCUCAACUAAAGAUUGAAUGUUUGCACUCUACCACUGAUGACAACAAUAUUAUCAAUGGAACCGCUAAUAAUAUUAAUAAUUAGUUGUUAAUAUCUUUUAUAACAUAAUA